UAGUUAUCUGCCGGGACUUACUUAUAUUAAAGUGUAUAGAGCCCAGUGUAAUUUCUUUUGUUACUGGCAUAUUUCGAAAAGAUGUAUGUCCCACUACUCGGCGAAGUAUCCCUAUGGCUGCUGGUACUGGUUGGCUUGUUGACUGCCUUUUACCUCUACACCACGAGCUUCGUGGGUGUCCUCAAGGCGUACGGCAUACCGGGCCCCAAGCCCUGGCCAGUCAUCAACCAUAUGCCCGAGAUGAGGAAGCAUGGCCUGUCCAAGAUGCUGGACGAGUGGCGGUCACUGUAUGGCGACACUUACGGCUUCUACGGUUUGUUUCCGAGAUGUGCGACCAUAGUGACCCAUGACGCGAGACUUCUGGAACACGUCAUGGUGAAAGAUUUCAGUAACUUUGUGGACAGGGCUGGACGUCGCACAACUCUUAGUGUUGUUUCCAAAGGGUUGUUUUCAUUAAGCGGAGACUAUUGGAGGAGAUCUCGUCACGUGAUGUCCCCGAUGUUUACGGUUGGCAGACUGAAGCAGAUGUUGUAUCACGUGAACACAAGCGCUGCCCUGUUGUUGGAACUGUUCAAGAAGCAUAAAGCUGAGGGAAAGUUGAUUCCUCUCAAAGUCACAGCUGGUAGAUAUACUUCCGAUGUCAUAGCCCGAGUGGGAUUCAGCAUUGAUUCCAAAGCGCUAACAGAAGAAAACAGCGAGUUCUCCAAAAACAUAAAUAAUUUCAUUCGCAUUCCUGCGACACGUCUGCAGAGUUACGUAAGAUCUAUCGCAGAGUUCUUUCCGCCUAUAAUGGACAUAGGCCUGAAACUGUUUACGGAACAAGUCGAUGCGAUCUUACCAGAGACCAACAGAUAUUUUCUAAACUUGAUUAAAGACUCUAUCGACAGGAAAUUACAUGAGAGAUCUAGGCCAGACUAUAAGAAAUCCUCUCACGUGGACAUGCUGGACAUGCUACUGGACGCUGAAGUGGAUGAUCAGACAGGGAAACAUCUGAAAGCUGAAGAUAGAAAGAUCACUCGCAAUGAAGUGAUAGGCAACUCCGCCAUUUUGAUCUUGGCCGCCUACGAGACUACGUCCACAGCCUUGACCUCUAUACUGUACCUGCUGGCCAGGCAUCCAGACAUACAAGAUAAACUUAUAGAAGAGGUAGAUCAGGUCAUGCAAGGUCAGACAGAGCCCAGAUACGAAGACUUGUCAAAACUGGUUUAUAUGACGCAGGUCAUCUACGAAUCACUGCGCAUGUUUCCCCCAUCACCAGACGUGUCAAGAAAAGCCUUAGAGACCAAAACCUAUGAUGGGUUCACCAUACCAAAAGGAGCCGUCAUAUUCAUCCCCAUCUACAAGAUCGUGAAAGACCCUCGCUAUUUUCCUGACCCCUACAAGUUUGACCCCGAGAGAUUUUCUCCAGAGAGAAAGUUAGAAAUCGACCCAAUUACUUUCCUACCAUUUGGAUUCGGCAGACGUCAGUGUGUGGCAAAAAGACUGGCAUUGAUAGAACUUAAAGUUGUGUUGUGUCUGCUGCUGUCUAACAUGAAGUUUGUCCAGACAGAGAGGACGGAACCUAAAAAAGGAGAAGAAACAGAAUACUUACGGAUUGAUGGUUUCUUUGUGCCCAAAAAGGCGAUUGAGUUAGAUGUCGUUUUCAGAGAGAAAUAAAUUUAAGUUUCUCUUCGGCGUUUCUCAACUUGGGAGUUACAGUGGCUCAAUGUGUUGCUGACAGUACGUUCGGACUGUGGGGUAUUCUAUGCAUUAGGCUGAGAGUAUGACUUGCAGUGGUUAAAAGUAAAACAUAAGACCCCCUCCCCUCAACCAAAAAAAAAAAGUACAGGCCACAGGCUCCGUUUAGAACUGACUUUAACCUUUGAGUAUUACUAACAGUAGGCAUACUAAGUGGGCCAAAUAAUUUAGAUACUCAAGAUUUUGGUGUGUGUGUGUGUGUGAUUAAAUGAAUAGAUGAAUAGAUUCUUUUGAAAAUAAUCUAGUUCGAUAAAGAUGACUUAAAGACAACUUAAUUUGUUCCAUUUUAUAUCUGAUUACAAUUUUUCAAUUAGAUGUGAACUUUUUUUUAAUACUAAAGAUGAUUGGAGAGGUCCACAGUGAGGAUAACUGGCUACGUGAGUCAAUAUGUGUUUUGGGUAACGGUAACCUAAUAGAUGAUAUGAUGUAGCAUUACCAUUGUGACUAUGAUUUCCUGACGAGUUUGUUUGUGAAUUAGUCACAUUUAUGACUGGAGUGCCCCACCCCCAAAGCUGCACCCUUGGUGUACCUUUGCUUUGAUUGAUUUGGUGGGUGCAGCGCGGUGCAAACACUUUUCAUUGGCUGUAAUGACGCAAGUAGAGGUUAGCAGACGACAUCAUUGUGGGUCGCCAUUAUUGUUGGUUUAGAUAUAAAUGUAUUUAAAUGAAAUUCGAUGUUAAUGGAAGUAAAACCUUUUAGUAAAUGUGCUCGUCACAUCGUUAGAAUGACAUUUGAUAAAUCAUUUUCAUUUUGACAAUUAAACUACUUGUGGGAAACUACAGAGGCGUAGCUAGGGUGGGGGAGAAUUUGAAACUCCUCCGGGCCCCCACUUGAGGGGGGGUCCCCAAUUGAGUGUGUUUUUUUUUAUUUAAAAUUAAAUUUUAUGCAAAAUGCAAGGGCUCAUAAAGAGGUCAAGCACAACGGGCACCCGAAUGAUGACAAACUCCUAGCUACGCCACUGGGACAAUAUUUAUUAUACACAUGAUAUGUCAUACAUUUUCUUAUAGGUUUGCAUUAUGUAUAUAAUUGAAUGCUAAGUUUGUAUUUAUAUCUUUAAUGUCUCAUUUUAAGUAACUUAUUUUUAGUUUUUUAUAGCAUUAA